AUGUCUCAGGAUCCUGCUACUGCCCCCGCCAAGGGCGGCAUCGCGACCGAUGCAGACUACCACGAUGCUCAAACCGACAUCGAUCUUCCUCGCGGUUGGAAGUACCGACGAUUCCAGCUCUUCGGCAAGACCCUUCCUUGGUAUGCUUCGCCACGCAUCCAGCUCGGCAUGGUCGCCUUUGUCUGUUUCAUGUGUCCUGGCAUGUUCAAUGCUCUUGGUGGUCUUGGCGGCGGUGGUAAAACUGAUCCCACUCUGGCUGAUAACAUGAACACCGCGCUCUACGGUACUUUUGCUGUGGUUGGUAUUUUCGGCGGCACUUUUGUCAACAAGCUUGGUGUCAAGCUUUGCCUCGCCUUCGGUGGUGUUGGCUACGGUCUCUACGCUAUCAGUCUUCUCGUCUCUGUUCACAAGCAUGUUCCUGGCUUCAACAUCUUUGCUGGUGUUUGGCUUGGUCUCUGCGCUGCUCUUCUUUGGACUGCGCAGGGUACCAUCAUGAUCUCGUAUCCUCAUGAGAACAAGAAGGGAAUGUACUUUGCUUGGUUCUGGGGAAUUUUCAACAUGGGUGCUGUUAUUGGCAGUCUGAUCCCUCUCGGUGAAAACAUUAACAUCAAGGAAAACAAGACCGUCAGCGAUGGAACAUACAUCGGCUUCAUCGUCCUCAUGUUCUUCGGUGCCCUUCUCGCUCUUACUCUUUGCAACGCUCGUGACAUUAUCCGCAAGGAUGGCUCCCGCGUUAUCCUGAUGAAGAACCCAACCUGGCAGAGUGAGCUGUGGGGUCUGUGGGAAACUCUCCGUUUCGAGCCCUUCGUUGUUCUCCUCUUCCCUAUGUUCUUCUCAUCCAACUGGUUCUACGUCUACCAGCAGAACUCUGUCAAUGGAGCCUACUUCAACACUCGCACCAAGGCACUCAACGGCUUGCUGUACUGGUUGGCUCAGAUCAUCGCAGCUGUUAUCUGGGGUUACCUCCUUGAUCGGGAGAACGUUAGACGUACUACUCGUGCCAAGGCUGCGUGGGCUGCUCUAUUUGUCCUCACCUUUGUCAUUUGGGGCGGUGGAUAUGCUUUUGAGAAGACCUAUACCCGUGAGACUGUUGCUCCUGAUUCGGGUUUCAUUCCCGGUGACUGGACAGACUCUGGCUAUGCUGGACCUAUGUUCCUGUACAUCUUCUACGGUUUCUACGAUGCCGCUUGGCAGGCUACUGUUUACUGGUUUAUGGGAGCUCUUUCCAACUCUGGUCGACGAUCCGCCAACUAUGUCGGCUUCUACAAGGGCGUCCAGUCCGUUGGUGCGGCCGUCAGCAACCACCUUGACGCGAAGAAGAUCUCGUACAGAUCCGAGUUCAUCAGCAACUGGGUCCUUCUCUCAGUGUCUCUUAUCAUUGCUGCCCCAGUCAUUCUUCUCAAGAUUCGCGACCACGUGAGCGCUGAGGAGGAUCUCAAGGGCACGGAUGAGACUAUUGCUGAUGUCCUACCUUCUUCUCACCCCGAGAAGAACCCUGAGAAGACCGGUAUUGCUUAA